CACACCGUAUUCGCAGGCUGGUCCCACAAAUAUCAACAACAACGAUUGAGAAACGCUUUGACAGAACAGUGAGCUGUCUUCAAUAUUUUUCGAACAUUUGCAUCCUUUUUGAUCCUUUUCGACGUGCAUUUACAUUACUCAAGGUGUCCUUCGGGAUUAAUCUAACUCAUCAUGUCGUACAUGUUAGCUCAUCUUCACAAUGGGUGGCAAGUAGACCAAGCAAUUUUAUCGGAAGAAGAUAGAGUGGUUGUCAUUCGCUUUGGUCAUGAUUGGGAUCCCACAUGCAUGAAGAUGGAUGAAGUCCUGUACAGUAUUGCAGAGAAGGUUAAAAAUUAUGCUGUUUUCUAUCUUGUUGAUAUAACAGCAGUACCUGACUUCAACAAAAUGUAUGAAUUGUACGAUCCAUGCACAGUGAUGUUCUUCUUCAGAAACAAGCAUAUCAUGAUUGAUUUGGGGACAGGUAAUAAUAACAAGAUUAACUGGCCACUUGAUGAUAAACAAGAAAUGAUUGAUAUUGUCGAAACAGUUUACCGUGGUGCCAGAAAAGGACGUGGUCUGGUAGUUUCCCCCAAGGAUUACUCAACCAAAUAUAGAUAUUAAUUGUUCAUUAGAGUUGAACUGUAUAAUUAACUUUAACAAAAAUUUUAUUUAUAAUUCAAGAGGGUAAAGGUUCAAAAAUAUUUAAAGCUCUUGCUCUGUAUGUUCACAUUGUCACCAUAACUGCAAGUAAAUAAAUGUUUCCAUCUGAACUGAUUCAAACUUG